AUGUCUCAAGGUAUUUUAUAUGUAUUAAAACUUUCACCAAGAUCUUCUAUUUUAACUGAUCUUAUCAAAUAUUAUAAAUUAGAUAUUGAAAUCUCUACUGAUACUGAAUCGGAAUCAUUUAUUAAACUAUUCCCAUUACGUAAAACUCCAACAUUUAUAGGUAAUGAUGGAUUCCAAUUAACUGAAACAAUAGCCAUUGGUAUUUAUUUUUUAUCAAUGAUUCCUAAUCAUGAUUUAUUAGGUGAUAAUGAUCAAGAAUUUGCUAGUAUAAUUAGAUUUCUUUCAAUGUUGAAUCAAGAAGGUGCUAUGUCUUGGGUUGGUGCCUUUUUCAGAUUAUCAGGAAGAUUACCUUAUAAUAAAGAAAUUAUUGAUGAGAAUUUGAUCACGUUAGAUAUUAUUGGCCAAAUUCUUGAUAAUAGAUUAGCUAAUGAUAGGAUUAGUGGCUAUUUAGUUGGGGACAAGAUUUCUUAUGCUGAUUUAUAUGGUGUUAAAUUAUUUGGAAUUGCUUUAUAUACAUUGUUAGGUGAGCCAUAUUUGACAAAAUAUCCCAAUUUUGCUAAAUGGUUUAAAAGAGCAUCUGAUAAUGAAUUUUUCAGAGGUCAAUAUAAAGAUAUAAAGUUUCCUCAACAGCAAUUGACUUAUCCUGGUUCAGAAGAUUGA